AUGUCUCCAUGGGCCUGUCCGGAGAGAGGGCAAGAGCAGGGACAGCUUUUUCAAGGGCACAGCAUUUUGCGACGUACCCAUCGCACACGUGUGGCCGAUCAGAACGAUGAAAGGAAGUUACCGUUACAGCAGGUAGGCGUGGAUACUAUUUCAUUGCACUGGAUCCGGAGCCGGCUCAAUCCUACGGCUCUGAAACGGUUUAACACAGUGUGGGACUUGGUCCAACAGCCAGCUUUUGCUAGGGCAGGGGAACGAGAGCCCCUCUUGAAGAUGACAGAGGAGGACGCCCAGGUUAUGAAGAAGGCGGGCAUUAUUCAAACCACAUCAAAGCUACCCACUACCGAGUGGGUUGUGCCUUUUACGGUGGUGGAGGAAAAACAGUCGGGGCCGCGGUGCCGUUUCAUAGCCUGGCCCAAAGCAAAAAAUGACCAAGAGGACUACGGGGUUAUGGUUCCUCUGGGGCAUAUUUCCCAGUACCUGGGCGCGGUUUAUGGCGAAACAGCCGCCAUUUUCGAUUUAAAGGCAUCUUUCUUCCAGGUGGGCUUGCCAGCAGACACACGCGGUAAUUUCCGUUGCCGAACAGAAAAGGGGGAGCUCGUUGAGUUCACGCGACUCCCCAUGGGGUAUAAAUGUAGUCCAGAAAUCGUGCAUACCAUCACAAGGGUUUUGGCGGGUGACCCCGAGGUUGUUGAACCGCGGUUCGCAGCCNCCCCAUGGGGUAUAAAUGUAGUCCAGAAAUCGUGCAUACCAUCACAAGGGUUUUGGCGGGUGACCCCGAGGUCGUUAAACCGCGGUUCGAAGCCCCGCCGGAGCUAA